UCAACGAGCAAUAAUGGCUUUCGAAUACACCAGCAUAACCGAUCCCGAGUGGCUCGCGACGAACCGUCAAACCGGCCAGGAUGACUACAUUUUGGUCAAACCAACGGACUACUCGAAGGUCCCGAUCGCCAUCCCAAACUGGGAACCGCUGCCUUGCUGCACCUCGACGAUGUUCCGGAGGUACGAGAGUGAACUGCUGAACUUCCAGGUCAAGUCGGAUGAUGUGUGGAUUGCGUCCUAUCCGAAAAGUGGAACCACCUGGGUUCAGGAGAUGGUUUGGCUGAUCUGCAACGAUCUGGACUUUGAAAAGGCACGAACCACGGUCAUCCGAGAUCGGUCUCCGUUUCUGGAAGUGAGUACAAUCUUCGACAUCGGCGAGGAAGAGAGUUCAUUUGCGUUCACCAGCGAUGCACCGAGUCCACGUUUCAUCAAAACCCACCUUCCGGUGGCGCUGCUACCUCCGAACAUCUGGACAGUGAAGCCGAAGAUCGUUUACAUCCGGCGUAACCCCAAGUCCGUUGCCGUCUCAUACUAUCAUCACUCUGUCCGGGCGAACUUCAACGGCACCAAGGAAGCCUUCAUCCGGAUGUUCAUGAAGGAUCUUCAGUUCUACUCCCCCUUCCACCAGCACGUAAUCGAGUACAACGAACUUGCGAGCUACGACAACCUGCUGAACCUGUGCUACGAGGACAUGAAGCGAGACCUAAAGUCAUCGGUAAUCCGAACCUGCGAGUUCUUCGGCAAAAACUACUCGGACGUCGCGAUCAACGAGCUGUGCCGACAUCUGUCGUUCGAGUCGAUGACCAACAAUCUGGCGGUGAACUACGAAGAUGUCUUCCCGGACGAGAAGUUCAUCCGGGAGGGCAUGAUUGACGGGUGGAAGAAGGAGUUGAGCCCGGAACUGAUUGCCGAAAUGGAUUUGUGGACGGAAAACACCGUGGUGGAGAAGUACCGACAUUUGUUUAAGGUUUAG